UUUUUUUUUAUUUUGCAUACCGGAAGAGAUGGUGGGUGCGUUCAUGCUGCGGCUCCUGUUACUGGUAAGAAGAAGAAAAAAACUGGUAAAAGUUUAGCCAGCUAAAUACAGCUAAUUUAUUCAUUGAUUCGCGUCUCUGAAGAGGAGCGGAACUCUUCAAGCCCCUGAGGACUGUGGGUACCGAGGGCAGCAGCCAUGUCCGGCUCCUACGAUGACUCCAUGGUCGACGUCUCCAGUGACAGCUUCUGGGAGGUGGGGAACUACAAGCGGGCAGUGAGGCGGGUGGACGAUGGCAGUCGCCUGUGUAACGACCUGAUGAACUGUCUCCAUGAGCGGGCACGCAUCGAGAAGUCCUACGCACAGCAGCUCACAGAGUGGUCCAAACGCUGGAGACAGCUUAUAGAGAAGGGCCCUCAGUACGGGACCCUGGAGCGGGCGUGGGGUGCCCUGUGCACGGAGGCGGAGAAGGUGAGCGAGCUCCACAUGGAGGUGAAGGCGGUGCUGAUGGGGGAGGACUUUGAGAAGCUCAAGGUGUGGCAGAGGGACUACUACCACAAACAGAUGAUCGGAGGCUUCAAGGAGACCAAGGAGGCUGACGACGGCUUCCGCAAGGCCCAGAAACCCUGGGCCAAGAAACUGAAAGAGAUGGAGACGAUGAAGAAGGCGUACCACGGGGCCUGUAAGGAAGAGAAGCUGGCCACCAGCCGGGAGAACAACAGCAAGCUGGAGAACAACAGCAACCCUGAGGCCCAGAAGAAACUGCAGGACAAGGUGGAGAAGUGCCAGCAGGAGAUGGAGAAGACUAAGGAGCGCUAUGAGAAGUCUCUGGAGGAGCUGGACAAGGUGACUCCCCAGUACAUGGAGAACAUGGAGCAGGUGUUUGAACAAUGGCAGCAGUUUGAGGACAAACGCAUCACCUUCUUCAAAGAACUUCUGCUGGAAGUCAAGCAUCACCUCGACCUCUCCACUAAUCACAAAUUUCAGACAGUCUACCACACGUUGGAGGACACUAUCUCUGCUGCUGACGCUGUGGAGGACCUCAAGUGGUUCCGCUCCAACCACGGUCCUGGCAUGCCCAUGAACUGGCCCCAGUUUGAGAAUGUGGACUGGUCCCGCUCCUCUAGGUCCAGAAGGUCCAUUGUAGACUGGUCCAUAGAUUUGAACCGUACACUGAGUCGUCGAGAGACUAAGAAGAAGCCCUCCGAGGGAAUCACCCUGACGGGCAUCAGCCAAAUGGAAGAGCAGCAGGCAGCCAAGAGCAGCAGCAGCCUGACUGUGCCCACUAGCACAGAGCCGGUGGGUUCGAACCCCUUCGAGGAUGACGACGACGAGGAUCUCCAGGGGACCGAGAAGGAACAGCCUGCUGUCGUCAACAACAACAACAGCAGCAGUCCUCUCAAUGUCAAAAAAGUGGAGGAAGUGAAAACCGCCAGUAGUGUGGAGAAAUCGCAAGAGUGGUCGGAUGAGGAGACUGGGGUGAACCCGUUUUCCAUUGAGGAUGCCAACGGCGAUGGGAACCCGUUUGAGGUGGAGCCGGCGUCCUCGGGGGUGUCUGUGGCCGUGCGUGCCCUCUACGACUACGAAGGACAGGAGCAGGAUGAACUCAGCUUCAAAGCAGGUGAGGAGUUCACCAAGAUAGGAAACGAGGACGACCAGGGCUGGUGCAGAGGGCGCCUGAAAGACGGCGUGGUGGGCCUCUACCCCGCCAACUACGUAGAAGACAUCCAAUAAUGACCGAGCGAGAGACAAGGAGGACAACGAGAGAGAGGAUGGGGUGAAGAGGAAAAAGAAAGUGGAGGAGAUGGGGCAGGAGGGUGGGCAUGGUAGGCCUCGCAUUCGCCCCUCUCACCCUCUCCCCCUAUGUGUGUGAGUGUGUGAGUGUGUGAGUGUGUGAGUGUGUGAGUGUGUGAGUGUGUGAGUGUGUGAGUGUGUGAGUGUGUGUGAGUGUGUGUGAGUGUGUGUGAGUGUGUGUGAGUGUGUGAGUGUGUGAGUGUGUGAGUGUGUGUGUGAGUGUGUGAGUGUGUGAGUGAGUGAGUGUGUGAGUGUGUGAGUGUGUGAGUGAGUGAGUGUGUGAGUGAAAGGGGUGGCAGAAGGAAGGGGUUUGCCCAUCGAAGAGGAUGAUGUUGUAGCUCUCUCUGUUGUAUCUUCCUGGAUCCCAUGUCGUUAAGCACAGAUCUUCCUACAACUACAGCCUGCCUUCAUUGUCAGCCUUUAUGAUGGGACACCCAGUACAGAGUCUAAAGCCAGCUGCAAAAGCAAAUGUUACUUAAAGCCAUUACUGUUACAGAAGAAAAUAUAUAAAAAGAUAUUUGAAACAUGUUACCUUCCAAUUGUAGCUUGAAGUUAUGAAGACGUUGAAAGAAUUAACCGAUUUAAAAGAUGUGAACAGACAUGGGAGAGGAUAUACAUGUGUCUCAUUCACGAGGUCUAGCACAUUUUAGAUUUGAUUUGAAACUGAUUGGAGACCUAAAAGUAAUCUCAGUUGAAUCUUUUAAUUCAUUUUUGUCAUAGACAAUUGGUGAUACAUAUUUUUAGUUCUAUAGAUCUGAUUCUAUUGUAACACCAAUUUGUAGUCCAGGAUCUGAUUUGGUAGUCUUAUGUUGAAAUAAGGGGAAUUCCUAAUUGUAUGUUAUUUCUUGCUCUGUUUUGAGCGUCCUUCACCCCAUCCUUUUGACAGUAAUCAAGGUUUUAUUUUUUUUCCACACGAAAGCCAUUUGUCUGAAAUAUCAGAACCUACAUCCCCGUUUUCUUAUUUGACUUUUCAAAUCUUUUGAGAAAAGGGCUUGGAAUUCAUGGCAGUGCCGGUUCAGAACAAUUGUCUUUCUUAUCUGAUGCUUAUAGUUCAGAUUUGUCUUGUUAUGCCUUUUUUUUGUAUUUUAAAUCUGAUUUGUGUUUUGCUCAGCGAAUAGUUGAUGAAUGAGAGAAACCGAGAUGAUGAAUUCUAUCCAGUUCUUCCACCGUCACCAACCAGCCUGGUCUCAGAGCAUUUCAUAUUAUUCUGUAAAUGCUCUGAUACCAUGUUGCGCCAACCCACAUUUUAACAAUAAGUGACGCACUCAGAAGUUCUCCUGUAACCUUUACCCCUCAACUUUAAUUGAUUGUAUAUUCUUUAAUUGUUUCAUUGUAUCGGCUCACCUAUUGAUUGUACACGUUUGCUGGUCAUUCUAGUAUCAGGGACAUUCACCAGGGCACAUAGGGCUCUGGCCAAACGUAGCACACUAUGUAGGGCAUAGGGUGCCAUUUGUGACAGCCUCUAUUCACUCAAUUGACAUUCUGUUCGUAGAUUCUUACAUGUUGUUUUGUUUUUCCACACUGAAUGCUUGGCAAUAAGGUGUGUCACUUGAAGCUAGGAGCUUUAGCUGUAGCUUGCUUGGCAAUAAGGUGUGUCACUUGAAGCUAGGAGCUUUAGCUGUAGCUUGCACUGGAUGUCCAUUCAAAGCUUUGGGAGAAUAUACUUUUUUUGUGGCAGCAAAACAAUGUUGCACGUUCAGCAAUAAACACAGCUUUUACUGUUUUUCACAAACUAGAGGGUCCGAUUUAAUAAAAGUAUGUUUGCAUGUAAAUAGCGAGGAACCUAUGAACAAAUUUAAGCAGUUAUAGAUUAGGGAGUUGUGAUUUAAAUUUCUAUUUGGAAAUCAAAGACUGUUAAUUUAUAAGAUGCCUUAAGUGCUUUUGUUCUCUGUCAGAUGAAAUGCUGUGAUUCGGAAACAAAUCCAUUUGUACAAUAAUUGAAUGUUUUAUGGCGAAUGUCUCGUGAAUUUGCUGUCUUGUUGCGUUUGUAAAUAUAAUGUAGUAUCUCCAGAGGGGCCAGAGCCUACUUAUGAUUAGUAAUUGACAAAUAGCUGUGAGAUUAUAUUUCUCAUUUUCUUUUAAAAGUUAAUGAUUGACAAACACACCGUUAACGCCACCACAUGUGCAUUACCAGUAUUGGCAAACUCUGUUAUUUAGGACCUAUCCCAAUUCCCAUCUCGAGUAUAGGUUUCUCCUAUUGGGAGUUGACGUUAUGGCUCUUACAUUGUUGUGAGUACAUUAUUUAGCAAACACUGUUUACGCAUGAUGCUCCUGGAAAUAUCCCCUACAUUUUAUGCCUACAACCGCAUAUCAAAAGAAGGAAGAUUGAUUUGGUUUGAUAUUAGUUUUCUGUCAGUGUGAGAGGUUAUGCUGUGCGUUUCAGGUCAUGAGAUGUAUAUCAUUGGUUUCAGGUCAUGCCAUCAACAGAACACUGCAGCAGCUUUACUUGCACAACUCAGUUUGCCAAUGUUAUCACACAGAAUACAUUAUAAAUGAAUUGAACAAAAAGAGAA